CUCUCUCUCCCCUGUCAAUCACUCUCUGCUUGGCCUAUCUCAUCCCCAUGUCAAUUACAUGGAAUAUAUAACCUUGUUCAGGUCUCUCCAGUCUAUCUGGACCAUCCAUUUUCCAAGAGAAUCGCCAGGUUGACCCGUGCGUCAUUCGCCUGGCCACCCUGUCUCCGCCACGAUCCCCUCACGAUUCAGAAAUUCCACGUCGCUUGAUGUUAUGGCGUCGAUCCUCCGGCAAAUUGUUGCCGGCCCCCGGUUACAACAUCCUGAAGCUGGUUUAGACUUGUGCUAUGUGACCGAUAACAGUAAAGCCACCAACCCUAUCAUUUUACUACUACUAACUCAUUCCCUGCUCCUGCGCACUUUCAGUCAUCGCAACCUCCGGGCCCUCCUCCAACUACCCGCAACGCGCCUACAGAAACCCCCUGGACGAGCUCGUCAAGUUCCUCGACUCGAAACAUGACUCCGA